AACCUGUUUAUCUGAACUGGGCUGAGCUCUACAUACUCUCCCAGGCAGCACAGGGGUAGAGCCUGCUUUCAAUCAAUAACCUCUGGAAUUCAGAAAUACAAGUAGGUCCUGUCUCUGGCAGGCUCUGCCACACUCUUGUGGACGGCGGACUCCCUAGUGCACUGGUUAGAUCCCUCUGUGGAUUCCUCUGUCUGUCUGCCUUUCUCUCUCUCUACAGUUCUGAGGUGUGUUUGUGUAGUGUAGUGAGUAGCGACAAUGGCUGAUCCCACGUCUUCGGAUUACUUCAGCUGCCCACUGUGUGUGGGGCUGCUGAGGGACCCCGUGGCUAUCCCCUGCGGACACAGUUUCUGCAUGGACUGCAUCAGCGGCUACUGGAAUGAGGCAGACUACACAGGGAUCUACAUCUGCCCCCAGUGUAAGAUCACCUUCACCCAGAGGCCUGUGCUCAGGCCCAACACUAUGCUCACCAAGGUGGCAGAGAAGAUCAAGAAGACUGGUGCCAACCUCAACCUGAACCUCACACCCCCAGGGAACACCUUUGCUGGGCCUGCCGACGUGCCCUGUGACUACUGCUCUGGUAAGAAGCUCAAGGCUGUUAAGUCCUGCCUGAACUGCCUGGCCUCAUACUGUGAGAAGCACCUGAAGCCCCACUAUGAGUCAGCCACAUUCAAAAGGCACAAGCUGGUGGACGAGCUGGGGAACCUGGACAGAAAGAUCUGCCCCCAGCACCAGAAGUCCCUGGAGCUGUUUUGCCGGACUGACCAGAUGUGUAUCUGUGCCAUCUGUACUGUCAGCGAACACAAGGGACAUGACAUCGUCUCAGCCGAGGCAGAGAGGAGUGAGAAACAGAAACUCCUGGGAGUUGCUCAAGCUGAGAUCAGACAGAAAUGUCAGGACAGGGUGAAGGAGCUGGAGGAACUGAGAACAGCAGUGGACUCACUAAAGAGCUCAGCCCGGAGGGCCAUGGCGGAGAGUGAGAAGAUGUUUGAGGAUAUGAUCCGCUCCAUCGAGAGAAUGAGGUCAGAGGUGACAAAGAUGAUUGGCAUCAACGAGAAGGCUGCAUUCAACCAGGCUGAGGGGCUGGUGGAGAGGCUGGAGCAGGAGAUAGAUGAGCUGAAGAAGAAGGAGACGGGACUCAAACAGCUGUACAGCACUGAGGACCACAUCCACUUCCUACAGAACUUCAACUAUCUGUGUACUCCCACGGAUGAUGGCUUUAUCCCCAGAGUGUCGGUGAACCCAGACUUCUCGUUCAGCGCAGCCAGGAAAGCCGUGGCAGAGAUCAAGGAUCGUCUGGAGGAGCUGGGUAGAGAGGAACUUGUGAAGAUCUCCAAGUCAGUGAACGAGGUCCCUGUUUAUACGACAGAAAAGAGAGAGAAAAGCAGCAGAGUCAUAGAAGUCAUGACAGUGGACAGCCCUCCUCCACCAGAGCCCAAGACCAGAUCAGAGUUUCUGAAAUACUUCUGCCAGCUGAGACUGGACCCCAGCACAGCCUACAAGGAGCUACACCUGUCGGAGAGCAGCAGAAAGGUGAUCCGAACCAGGGACCUCCAGCCCUACUCUGACACCCCGGAAAGGUUUGACAGCUUCGCGCAAGUGCUGUGCCGCGAGGCCCUGUCUGGUGGCCGCUUCUACUGGGAGAUCGAGUGGAGCGGGGAGUUCUCCAUGGGGGUGGCCUAUAAGGGAAUCAGCCGCAAGGGGAAAGGAUCACUGUGUCUGCUGGGCUAUAAUGAUAAGUCUUGGAGCCUGCUGUGUUCUGAUACAGGGUACUCAGCCUGGCACAACAGGGCAGAUAAAGCCAUCAAUGCGCCCCAUUCACCGAGGAUAGGGGUCUACCUAGACCACUCGGCAGGGGUCCUGGCCUUCUUCAGUAUAGGCAACCACAUGACUCUCCUGCACAGGUUCGAAACCAUGUUUGUGGAGCCCCUCUAUCCCGGCUUUGGAGUUGGAACCUCGGUCAAGAUCUGUCAGCUCAAAUGAACACUAACAUGUGCCUCUUAUUCCUUGGUGAAAAAGACGUUUUGGUUUAUUUUUCACACGGUUCGCUAAGCAUCAUUUGUAAUUUGUUUUGUUUUUCUUUAAGACUGACUGUGCCACAUUGCUCUAUCCAAUAGUUCUAUUUUAUGAAUUUUCUAAACAUUUGAAUGAGCAGAGGUCCUAAUAAUUACAUUGUAUGUAAACAUAUAACCUUUAUCUGACCAAGUAUUCUUUAUCUAAUGGUAUUUUGAAAAACUAGUAUCUACAUGGCCAACUAAAUGUGUUUGUACUGUAUGUAACAGUUAGCUUUUUAUGACAAGAAUAACUAUUUUCAAUAAAGAUGAAAUGACUACUCA